ACUUCUUAUGUAUUAUAAAGUGAUAAACGAGCUACUGUGUUUUUGCAUAAUUUUUUCUGAUCUUCAUCACCACGAUAACGUAUACAGAGAAAUUUUUGUAUGGAGGUAAAUUCAGGGAGCGUCUUCGUAAUGAUUCGGGCGACAUCGGAUGUUUACGUGAUUUAGCCACACCCAUACAGGGAUGCUUGAGCGGUAUAGUUCGUGUGUUUAGCAGCGUGACGCGAGCAAAGUGUAGGACAGGCGUGAAAUUAUUCUGUCCAGAAGGUGUGUUUUGAUAUUAGGUCUUUUUUAUUUUUGCGUUAAAGUGCGUGCUAGGAUAUUACGUACGCGAGGUUCGCGUGUGCAUGUGUUUAUGUGUCGGAAUACUUGAUCUCCACUGGAAUAGCAGAGCUGAUAUUUACAGGGAGCGGGGCUGAGAGGCGGCGCCGGCGCCAUGUCCCACCACAGCGACGACAACAUGCUGAUCGCGGGCAGCGACUCCUUCUGGGAGCCCGGCAACUACAAGCGCACCACGCGCCGCAUCGAGGACGGCUACCGGCUGUGCACGGACCUGGUCGCGCUCGUGCAGGAGCGCGCCGACAUCGAGAAGGCCUACGCCAAGAGCCUGCGCGGCUGGGCCAAGAAGUGGAACGAGCUCAUCGAAAAGGGCCCAGAGUACGGAACAACAGAGGCUGCGUGGAAGGGUGUCUUGGUUGAAGCAGAGAGACUAUGCGAUUUGCAUCUAAAGGUUAAGGACAAUCUAUGUAAUGAUGUUAUGAAUCAAGUGAAAACGUGGCAGAAAGAUACCUACCACAAAUCAAUGAUGCAGAUAAAAGAAAAGAAGGAAAUGGAGGAUGCAUUUAAGAAAGCUCAGAAACCAUGGGCAAAACUGUUAGCUAAAGUAAACAGAGCCAAAAGCGACUACCAUGUGGCAUGCAAAACAGAGCGUUCUGCUUGUAACCAAGAAAGAAAUGCUAAUGCUGACAGCUCUUUGUCUCCUGAUCAGGUUAAAAAGAUGCAGGACCGUGUGCAGAAGUCAAAAGAAGAUGUACAAAAAGCAAAAGAGAAAUACGAAGCAGCCCUUGAUGAGAUAAAUUCUUACAAUCCCAAAUACAUGGAGGACAUGACUGUAGUCUUUGACAAAUGUCAAGAAAUGGAGGCUCAGCGAUUGCAGUUCUUUAAACAGACGAUGUUUUGUAUUCAUAAGUGUCUGAAUGUUUCUCAGGAUCCAGUUUUGCCUCAAAUAUAUGAAGAGUUUUACCACACAGUUAACAAUGCAGAUCAUGAAAAGGACUUGAAGUGGUGGUCAAAUACACAUGGUGUGAAUAUGGCUAUGAACUGGCCAUAUUUCGAGGAGUACACGGAGGAGUUCAGGGACAUUGCAAAAGGCAAAUCAAAGGCGGAGAUCCCGAUGGGAAUCACACUCAUCAACCAGAGGCCUGUUGGAGAAGACUUGCAUGAUUUCCCACCAGCUAAUAACAAAGCUGCAAAGAAAGCAACAGGACGUGUGAUUUCAACAGACGUUACAGCUGACAGUAAAGUGGAGAGUAUAAGUACCUCAAAAGCCAAGGAGAAAGCUGAUACUGCUAAUAGGACGUCUACUAUUACGAAUGGCACAAGACAAGAAGCUAAUCCAUUUGAAGAAGAUGAAUGGGACGAAGAUGCAGGUGAAGCCUUAGUUGACCAUGGUGAACCUGGUGUUCCCGUGAGAGCGCUUUAUGACUAUGAAGGGGCAGAGUCAGAUGAACUCAGCUUCAAACAAGGUGAUGUGUUUGAAAAGCUCGAAGACGAAGAUGAACAAGGAUGGUGCAAAGGCCGUAAGGAUGGCCGUGUAGGGCUGUACCCUGCUAACUAUGUGGAACCUGUGGCGCAGUAGUGGCCAAUACGGGAUCUGCUGAUGUGUAAGCUACUUGGCGAUGUCUUCCUGCUGCUUGUCUGUCUCGGGCAGGUUGCAUUUUCCCUCGCCACACUUCACAGCAAACUCCUACAACACAGACAGGAUGUCAAGGUGCCACACGUUUAGGAAAUGUGUUUGGUGCUGUUACUAGUGAAAUGGCUUUGUGCCCGUAAAUUUCUCAGCUCUUAAAAGAAAUGGAGUGACCCCUUUCCCCUUCCCCAGAGAUCCUGGCUUGUACAGUAAACAUUAAUGUGUCGUUAGCAGUUAAAGGAGACAUGAUGUGAGUUUUACUGCACUACUGUGCAUUCUAAACUGUGGACCAAAGUCUAUGCUUUUCUGUGUAUAAAACAUACUAAGAUGUAUUUUAUUGCAGUUUCAUGAUGAUGUUUGUCUCAAAUUUUUGAUGAUGUAUAACACUAAAUGAUUAUUUAAAUUAUCAGAGUAUUGUUUUUCUUUUAAAAACACAAGGCUUUUUGUGAGCAUGAACUAUUCCUUGGUUACUGGUGGUAAGCUGAAGUUACAGUAUUUUGUGGUAAUUUUUUU